AUGGCUGAAUCAAUUGAUUGUGAAGACGCAGCAUCUUUAGUUUCUGUUUCUAGAAAUGAACGUGCAAGGAUUGCUCAGAAUACUCUUGCCACGCUUCAGACUGGUUGGUAUGAAUUACCUGAUGGUCAGCGAGUUAAUCUAGAAGAUGAUGUCAAAUUCUGCAACGAUAAUAGUAUACUCUACACUGAAGAUGAUCUACAAAACAUGAAGAAAUCAAUCACGACUACCGAUGAAUCAGACGUAAUUUCUUAUCCAAAAAUUGAAAUUCGCUAUUGUACAACUUUACAAGCAGCUCGAUUUCUAGUUGCUGAAGUGGGUGAAGACCAUGUUGGAGUAUUGAACUUUGCAUCAGCCAAAAAUCCAGGUGGGGGUUUCCUUAAAGGUUCUCAAGCACAAGAAGAAUCCAUUGCUCGAUCUUCCUCACUCUAUAUAGCAGAGACUCAAUCUAGAUUUAUGAAUGGAUAUUAUGAUUAUAAUCGCCAUGGCCCCAGAGGUAUCUACAGUCAUCGUAUGAUUUAUUCGCCAAGAGUAACAAUUUUCAAAGAUGACAAUGGUAAAUUACUAUCGUCUCCAUAUCAUGUUGCGAUUGUAACUGCUCCUGCUCCAAAUGCUGGUGUGAUAAAGAACGCCAAAGAGGCGCGAAAUGUUAUGACGGAACGUGUAAAACAUGUACUUAACGUUUUUAAAACAAACAAACAUGAUACUCUUGUCUUAGGAGCAUACGGCUGUGGUGUAUUUAAAAAUGAUCCACUUGAUGUUGCAAUUAUUUUCCGACAACAUCUCGAAUCGAAAGAGUUUCAGCACUCAUUCAAACGAAUCAUUUUUGCCAUUUUGAAUAAAGAAAUGUAUCAAAUAUUCGAGCAAGUGUUCGGUGCUAAUGAUUUGAACACUAUACAUGAACAAAUCGCAACAUUAUCUUUGGAUCAUGGUGUUCAGAAACAAUCUACGAACAAUAAUCGAAAUAAACAGAAUAAGAAAAAACGAGUAGAAAAACGAAGACGAAACAAUCACUUCGAUGAGGAUCAAAAUCAAACAAGUGAUAAUGACGAUGAGCGAAGAUUUGAUAUCGAUGCAUUAUUUACUAUUUGA